CUCUCUCUAUAAAUAAAGAGUUCUCCCAAACACUUCAAAAGAGAAAAAGGAAGAAAUAGAAAAUGGGUUCAAUUCCUCUUGAGACCUUUGAUCAUCUUCAUCAACAACAACAAGAAGAAGAUGGAAAUGAAAUGAACAAAAGGAUGCAAAGAACCAAUUGGGUCCUAAGCUCUCCAGAUCCUCCUGGUCCAUUAAAAGAGCUUGUCGGUGCAGCCAAAGCAGCCUUCUUACCUCGCCGGAGGAAACCAGGGAAGAAAACUCCAUCCAAAGGGGAUGCUCUGUUUUCAAUCUUAAAGGGUAUUUUCCCAAUUCUCAGUUGGGGAAGGAAUUACAAAGCUUCCAAAUUCAAGAGUGACUUAAUGGCUGGUCUUACUCUUGCUAGCCUAUGUAUUCCUCAGAGUAUUGGUUAUGCUAAUUUGGCUAAACUCGAGCCUCAAUAUGGUUUAUAUACAAGUGUAAUCCCACCAUUAAUCUAUGCUUUCAUGGGAAGUUCAAGGGAGUUAGCCAUUGGACCUGUUGCUGUUGUAUCUUUGCUUCUUUCUUCAAUGAUACAGAAACUUGAAGAUCCAACAGUUCAUCCAUCUUCAUACACAAAACUUGUCCUUACUGCCACCUUCUUUGCCGGUGCCUUUCAAGCCAUUUUCGGUCUCUUCAGGUUGGGAUUUCUAGUGGAUUUUCUAUCUCAUGCAGCCAUUGUUGGUUUCAUGGGAGGAGCAGCAUUAGUAAUCGGUCUUCAACAGUUAAAGAAUCUUCUUGGAAUCAGCCAUUUCACCACUAAUACCGACGUUGUUUCUGUUCUUUCCGCUGUCUUCGAAGCACUCCACCAUCCUUUCUCUCCCUUGAACUUUGUUAUUGGUUGCUCAUUCCUCAUCUUCAUACUCAUCACAAGAUUCAUUGGAAGAAGAAACAAGAAACUGUUCUGGGUUCCAGCAAUGGCACCUUUAGUUUCAGUGAUUCUGUCAACUUUGAUAGUUUAUGUGACAAAAGCAGAUAAACAUGGAGUCAUAAUUGUAAAGCAUUUCAAAGGGGGAUUAAAUCCAAGCUCUGUUCAUCAAUUACAAUUAAGUAGCCCCCACACUGCACAGAUUGCAAAAAUUGGACUUAUCUGUGCCAUUGUUGCUCUCACUGAAGCAAUCGCAGUCGGGCGAUCCUUCGCUUCCAUCAAAGGUUACCACAUGGAUGGAAACAAAGAAAUGGUUGCCAUGGGAUGUAUGAACUUAGUUGGCUCCUUAACUUCCUGCUAUGUCGCCACUGGUUCGUUUUCGAGGACUGCUGUCAAUUUUAGUGCGGGUUGCGAGACUGUUGUGUCGAACAUAGUGAUGGCGGCUACUGUUUUCUUGUCGCUUGAGUUGUUCACGAGGUUGUUGUAUUAUACACCGAUGACGAUUCUUGCAUCGAUCAUCUUGUCUGCUUUGCCGGGACUUAUUGAUAUUCGAGAGGCUUAUAAUAUUUGGAAGGUCGAUAAACUCGACUUUGUUGUGUGCUUGGGAGCUUUCAUUGGUGUUUUGUUUGGGUCAGUCGAGAUUGGCCUUCUCCUUGCGGUGGGAAUAUCAUUUGGGAAAAUAAUAUUAGGAGUAAUAAGACCAGGAACAGAAGUAUUAGGGAGAAUACCUGAAACAGACAGUUUUUGUGACACAAAACAAUAUCCAAUGGCCAUUAAAACUCCUGGUUUACUCAUUGUUCGUCCUACCUCGGCUUUGCUCUGUUUCGCAAACUCCACCUUCAUCCGAGAAAGGAUCAUGAGAUGGUUGGAGGAGGAAGAAGUUGACGAUGAUAAGAACAUAAGUAUCGAAGAUAGUGGCAAAUCUAGGACCAUUCAUGCACUCAUCAUAGACAUGUCUAAUUUGAUGAGUGUAGACACCUCAGGAAUCAUAGUCCUAGAGGAAAUACAUAGGAAAUUGCUUUCUCUAGACAUCAAGCUUGUCAUUGCUAACCCGAGGCAGGAAGUAAUCCACAGGCUAAAACUAGCUAAAUUUGUGGACAAGAUCGGUGAUACUUCGGUUUUCUUGACAGUAAAUGAGGCUGUAGGAGCGUGUUUUGAACACAAAAUGAUUGUUUGACUUGUAAUUGAUCAUGUUGUCAUGUUUUAUACAACUCUAUAUAAGCCCAAAUUAUAUGGAUUUAAAUUUAAAAGUUUUAAAAGUUGUGUUUAGAUUUGUGUAAAAGGUUAUAAUAUCUUGAUAAAUUUAAAUUUGUUCAAAUUU